AGAAAUUUUAGCAAGAUGCAGUUCGACAUAAGAAGAUUUGAUGUUUACAGGAAGGUUCCUAAGGAUCUGACCCAGCCCACAUUAACUGGUGCCUGUAUCUCUAUCUGCAGUGUUCUGUUUAUUCUGUUUCUCUUUUUCUCCGAGCUCUCGCUUUUCAUCUCCCAUGAUGUAGUCAGUGAAUUGACAGUGGAGGAUCCUGUCAAACAUUCAGAGAAAAUUCCUGUCUUCAUCAACCUCACUUUACCCAAGUUAAACUGUAAAUAUCUAGGACUUGACAUACAGGAUGAUAUGGGAAGACAUGAAGUGGGUUUUCAAGACAAUACUCAAAAGUUUGAUGUCAAUGGGGGAACAGGGUGCCGCAUGGAAUCCCACUUCCUCAUCAACAAAGUGCCUGGUAACUUCCACGUCUCUACUCACUCCGCGGAACAGCAGCCGGAUAAUCCGGACAUGACUCACCUCAUCCACAAAGUCCGGUUUGGAAUGGAUCUACAGGAAGGAAAGGAUGUUUCUGGGUCCUUCAACCCAAUGGAAGGCCUGGAUAAGACCAAAGCACAAGCAAUAGCUACACAUGAUUACAUUGUGAAAAUCGUCCCAUCAGUGUAUGAAGAUUCCAGAGGAAACCUACGAUAUCCAUAUCAGUAUACAUACUCUUAUAGGGAUGUUAUUCAAUAUGGCCAUGGUGGACGGAUGAUGCCAGCAAUCUGGUUCCGCUACGAUCUCAGUCCAAUUACAGUCAGAUACAAGGAGAAGAGAAAACCUUUCUACACAUUCCUUACCACAGUUUGUGCCAUUGUUGGGGGAACAUUCACAGUGGCGGGGAUCAUUGAUUCCUGUAUAUUCACCGCCGCUGAAGUCUUUAGGAAGCUGGAGAUUGGAAAACUCAGUUGAUCUCAGAGAGUACUAGCUCGGGAUAAAAAUUAACUUCAUCUAGUCAGACAGAAACAUGGGACAAAAAUUAAAACUAACUGCGUUAGGGAGGUCUAAGUAUGAUUUAACAAGUAGGGAAUAUUUACUUUUUAAAAAUUUUAUAAUUAUUUAUGUCCAAUUUAAUAUGUAAGUUAUUGAUUUAAUGAGGAGAAUUUGAUAUCUCAAAAGUUGUUUAAUUUUUUUUUUGGUUGAUUAUUGUCAAAAGUGCGAGGUAGGUCUGAAUAUUUUUUAAAACAAGUUUUUUUUAUAACAUCAGCAAGAUCUACUAGGGCAUGCCGAGACAAAUCAUUUGGAAUGCAUUUAUUUUGUUAAGUUUAUGGUUAGUGAGUAUUUGUGCACGUACAUGUCUGCGAGUAUCAUUCUAUCAUUAAUCAAAUUUUUCUUGCCGUCACAUGAAUAUGAAAUAUAAAUGUAUGUAUCAUUCAUGAGAGAAUGUACAUCUUUGUGUGAUUUUUAAAAAAAAGUUGCUUAUUUUAUUAAAUACUGGAAAUUACUAAAAUAUGCAUAUAUAUUUGUAAUACAAUAUUUUUAGUGAUUUCCUUUUCUUCUAGCAUAGUUUACAUAAAAAGUGCCUCUAUCUAUAUAGUACCAGGGUACGAGUCAGUGUAAAUGUAGGUCACUUCCUAUACACAGGUGCUCACAUUCCACAGAACAGAAGGUAUUGUAGAUAUACAUGUAGAUUUUUACUCAUCUGUCAAACAUGUAUUUUUGGGGUCUUUCUCUUUCCAACCAGGCUUUUGUAGCUUAAACGUGUUUGUUUGUUUUAACGCACAUUUUUGUAAUUUUACUGAAUUAUGUUAGGAAAUCAAGACCAUUAAGUACAAUUUGGUCUGUUUUCUUUUUGGCAUGCAAUAUACAACUUUUAUGUUCCGUUAUCAGUGAAAGUGGGCUCAUGUAUAUGUAUAUAUACAAUAUUUUCUGUUCAGUCUUAUUUUUCCAGAUUUAUAUUUUUAUUGUUAGAGGUUAUUGAGAGUUGAAUAUAUUCGAUGUAUUGGUUUGUAUGGGAAGAAUGAUUUGGUUUUGGAUUUUUAUUGCUAAGUUUUGUUUGUGAAAAUGAGGGAGAUAGCUGACUGCAUGAAAGGUAAAAUUAAUGAUUUACAGCGUUUUAAAUCAUCAUUUUGAAGAAAUUCAUUGAACUUAUUGUAUUACGCCUUUUUUUUUUUAUAGUUUUGAUGAGAUCUGGACAAAUUUUUAUUUUAUAUAACAUUAGCCAGUAUAUGUUAUUGACUUUGAAAUUUUGUUAUUGACUUGAGUUGAAACUUUGUUAGCGUCUGAAAAUUAUUGGCAUAGUUGAAGCUUAAAAUAUAGUGUUAGAAGACAGUAAUUAUCUACAUGUAGAUCAUAAAUCUAUAGAAACUUUGUCAAGCUUUCUUUGUUUAAGGAAGCAUCAUUCACUAUCCUUUAUGAAUGAAUUGAAUUUUUUAUGAACUCAUUGCAACAAAAUAAGCCACGGGACAGAUUUUACUGAGAAGCCGAAAGAGUGAUACUGCUUACAACUAAGACAACUAAAAUCUUAUACUUAAAGACAUGUAUACCUUCAUUUGCUGUUGUUGAAAAAGUUCAGUCUACCAAUUUUGCUCAAUAUAAUAUGCAUAAAAAGACUGAAAUAGGGAUACUAAUAAUUACUGACAAGCUCUAAUCAUAAGUACAAAUUACUGUUAGUAUAUGGCAAUUCAAGAGUCACACAUUGAAGUUUGCAAAGUGAACAAAUGUGGGAACAGAUCCCAUUUGAAAUGGCACUGCAUGGAUACAGGGAUAUUUUCGUCCCUUUUGCCACCAUUCCAAGAAUUAGAAUUUAAAAAUGGGCAAACUCAAAGAAGAAAGCAUUAUCUCAUUCACCAACACAUUUCUGUCGUGGCAAAUUUUAAUGAAGCAGAAUUGAAAGUGUGAUUGGGAAAAAUUAAUAUGUAUAAUUAAGCUUCUUGUAUUCUGACUAAAAUUAAGAAACAUCUCUAAAACAAGUUUUUGUAAAAACAUGUGUUUCACAUUUGUAUCACAUGUGUCAGAUCUCUACAAUUUUCAGAUGUCAGUGUUUUUCUGAACAUCAGUUUAGGACUGAUUAUUAAUGUGUCCUCACAUUUUGUCUCUAUUUGUCACAAAACAAGUCCCAAUAUCAAGAUGAUCAGGCUGUAGAUAGGUAUCAGAAACAUGUAUCCACACACUCAAACAAGAAGAGCUCAAAAGAGAUACGGUAUUUAAAUACAUGUACAUGUAUUUUGUAUAUCAUUAUUUUAACUUCAGAAUAUUAUUGUUAAGCAUUAACUGAAUCUGAGGAAUGGAGAUGAUUUUAAAUUUCUUUUUUCAUGCCUGAGUCAAAUUCUAAAUUUUUAAAUAUUAAUUGCCAAACAUUCAGUUUCAGUAGCAGAUCUUUUUGAAGCAAGCUAAAAUGUUCAGUACAGUUGGAGUUCACCAUUGUGCAUACUGCAAAAAUUUCAUUGAGGAGUAAAAUGGUAUUUUAUUGGCUUGUCAGCUUAUUUUUGGGUGCGGGGACCAUUUAUUCAAUUGUACUUGUAAUUUCUUUGUUGCAAUAAAAUUUUUUAUUCUACUUGGACA